GACAAUUUGAACAUAGUUUUUUGUUCAACAGUCAUGUACAGUAGAAGACAUCUCUAAUGACUCUUGUUGCAAUGUCUGUCGCUGACAUGUAUGUGUUACAUUGUAUGUAGUGAUUUCUUAUGUCUCCUAACUAGUUGUACUUUGAGAAUAUAACAUCAUACUUAAAUAGUGUUCCGUAAAGCACUUGAUUAUACUACUACGGACUGCAUGUCAUUCAAGCUCACGUUUGUUCACAAAUAGCUAUUAUAUUGUUGGAUCAGAGAGGAACAGUUGUGGUUUAACGAGUCGACUCUCAUCAAACGUCAAUAUAGCGUCUUACCGUGGUAUUAAUACAAGAGGUGAAGUGAUGGAAGUGAAGAAAGAGGGAUGGAAUAUACGAGUCCCGUCCAGAUUAUAAUUUUACGUUUGCAUCAUUUAAUUAAAUGUACAAACGAUGUGAAAGAUUAUAAAGUUAAAUAUUUUAUAUUUUUCUUAAAAUAUUUUUAUAUAUCUACGUUUUAAAAAAAUAUCCUAUAUGAUCGCGUGAUCAGAUUGGGAAAUGCACAGUAGUGAAAUUUGAAAGCGACUCGUUCGUUUUUGUGAUUAUGCCUGUAUUCCGUUGUUGGAAGAAAAUAAAUCACCGUAAGCUUGUAUAGAUAGUAUGAACGGUGUGUCGUAAUAAGCUUCACAACGGGUGCCACAAAUCUGUCGGAUCCUCCGUCGCAUUUGGAGCAGCAGAGCCCGCUGGCCGCCAGCAAAGCUGAUCACCAAAAAGUAGAAGGCAGUAAUAAACAGUGGGGUGUCAUCACCAUGCGCCUAGGAGGGGGAGGAGCUGUACAGGGUACUACAACAUUAUCAUCUCCUAGACGUCGUCUUUCUCAUCAUAACAUCCAUCAGGUGGAGGAAGACGAAGAUACCAAGGAAGUUAUGCCAGGAGAUGCGAGCAGUGCCUUAUCGGCGCCAUGGGAACACCUCCUUAGUAGCACCAUAUCUCCAGCAGCUGCCGUGGCCGUUAAGUUGGCCAUCAGCGAGGAAGAACCAGAGGAGCAGCCCCAGCAACCCUCGUCCUCUUCCAGGAGAAGAUGUGGUCCUGCUACCGAGAACGGGGGUCUGUUGGGUACCAUCCACAGACACCUGCCGUCACUCUCCAGACUUUCACUGGGCGCAGCGGCUGCAGCAGCGAAGACGAAAGGAGAUCACGGAGCACCACUGUUCAGGUACCGGCAAGCCCGGUUCAGCUCCCGGCGUGUGAGGAAGAGGGUCGUAUUCAAGAACGGCGACUGCAAUGUUGUACAGGGAAAUGUGGCGAAGAGACGGCGACGCUACCUGCAAGACAUCUUCACCACGCUUGUAGACGCUCAGUGGCGAUGGACUCUCCUUGUUUUCGCCCUCAACUUCUUGUUGUCCUGGCUCGGAUUCGCUAUUAUUUGGUGGCUUAUCGUGUAUUCUCAUGGAGACCUCAGUCCAGAAAACAACCCGAAACGAGACGCGUCCGCCACUAGCCACAACCAGACACUGGCAUCGCCGGUUAAGACUGUUUCUGAAGAGAAAGAAUGGACUCCCUGCGUGAAGGAUGUAUCGGGUUUUGUAUCCUGUUUCCUCUUCAGCGUCGAAACGCAGCACACAAUAGGAUAUGGUUCGCGGCAUACGACGGAGGAAUGUCCGGAAGCCAUUUUUAUUAUGUGCCUGCAAAGCAUAGUAGGAGUAAUGAUCCAGGCUUUCAUGGUGGGCAUAGUGUUCGCGAAAUUGUCGCGUCCCAAAAAGCGCACACAGACGCUACUGUUCAGCCGCAACGCCGUGAUCUGCCAGAGAGACGGUCGCCUUUGCCUCAUGUUCCGAGUGGGAGACAUGCGGAAGUCGCAUAUCGUGGAGGCACACGUCAGGGCGCAGCUCAUCAGGAGGAAGGUAACCCAAGAGGGCGAGGUGCUGCCGUACUACCAGCACGAGCUCAUGGUCGGCGAAGACGGCGAGGAGGACAAGAUCUUUUUCAUCUGGCCCACGACGAUUGUGCACAAGAUCGACCCCACCUCACCCCUCUACGUGCUGUCCGCCUCCGAGAUGAUACGAGAGCGAUUCGAGAUCGUCGUCAUUCUCGAAGGCGUGAUCGAGUCCACCGGGAUGACGACACAGGCGAGAUCAUCUUACCUGCCAAGCGAAGUUUUGUGGGGUCACCGUUUUGAGCCCCUUGUGUCGUUCAAGAAAGAGACGGGGGAGUACGAGGUGGACUACAGCCUGUUCAAUAACACGUACGAAGUGGACACACCGCUAUGCAGCGCCAAAGCGCUGGAUGACCUAAAGAAAAUGCAACAGCAACAGGAUAGCCAACACAACGAACAUCAGCACAGGCUAGGAAAAGAAGGAGCGGUGAAUAUCAAGACAGUAAGUCCGUCCAGUAACCCGACACAACCAUUAUCAGCCUUAAGCAGUUGCGGGCACUCUGAGCAGCAGCGUGUGGAUCAGUCUGGCAUUGGUUUUGUAUUUUCUGUGGAGCUCGAAGUGAAUCUGACACAAUAACGGUGCAGUGACUCCACGUAACAAAUAGCUGCCUCUCGAUUUGAGUAACUCCUUAGAUUUGGAAGCAAUGCGCGUUCCGGUUUGACUUUGAAACGACUCAAAGGAAUCACGUACUUAAUUCUGUGAAGAAUAUUUAAUGGACAAUUUAGAAAAAAAGACUGUUUCUCGUAAGAACACGCAAGUAAGCUUGCUGAACAGAGAAAUAAGAUUUUUCUAACUAAAUGAUAGAAAAUAAACAGUCGAAAAAGAGAUUGUUGAAUGAAUAUGGGCCUACGGUGUCAUAAUAAGUUUAAAGUAUCCCAUUUCCAGAAUUUUUUACAUAAAUUUUGAAAGGACUGUCCAUGGAUCUGUUACACUUUCCUCGUGCGUCAUUUAUACGAAAACCAGUGAUUGCUUAAAUAAAUGUUUACUUAGGUUUUGUUUCGCCUCCGUAUUUCAAGAACAUUUUAUGUUUUCCUCAAUGAUUAUUUACGGAUUUUAUAAAACCAAAUGUAACACAAGGACAAGUGCGUUCAAUAUAUAGCAACACUGUUAUAUCCGAAUCAUUAUUAUUUAGUUUUGAGGCACGAGAACUAUUAAUACAUUUAUUUUGUUAACGAAGUAAUUUAUUUUAUGGCACAAAAUCACUAACGAAUAUAAAAUAAUUUGAGAUGAAAUAAAAAUUUUAAA